AUGGCUCCACCGAAUACAUGGAAAACCUUCAUAGCAAAUCGCGUUUCCAGUAUUCAAACAAUAACGUACGGGAACCCAUGGCAACAUGUUGCUGGCAAAGAAAAUCCCGCUGAUCUGGUUUCCCGUGGACUUCAAAUCGAUGAUCUCUUGAAAAGCAGCCUGUGGAAGGAUGGGCCGACCUGGUUGAAGGAAUCUCCCUCCAAAUGGAUAAAUGAGUCUUCUGAGACUAUGCCAACAGAAAUAGAUCUCGAACCACGCAUCAUUGUUCAAGCUAAUGUCACAUCGAAGGAAGUGAACCCCAUAUUUUCCGUUCGGUCGACGCUGUUACCACUAGUCAGGGUAGUGGCGCUCUGCUUACGAUUUUCGGCCAAUUGUCAAAAGCCAAACCAACGAGAAACUUCUGUAUUUUUGACCGUGCGGGAGAUCAACCAGGCUAAAAUGCACCUUGUUCGUCUAGCACAAGAAGAAAUAUUUCUAGAAGACAUCAAAUCCUUGAAGAAAAUGUAUCAGGUAUCAUCGAAAUCAACUCUUAAACUUCUUGGUCCAUUCAUUGAUAAGGACGGCAUCAUAAGAGUGGGUGGACGCUUACGAAACUCUCUUGAGGGCUACUCUACGAGGCCAAUUCACGGCAAAAGAGCUGUAACCUCCGUCCUUAGAAAAUGUCAACGCUGCUUUCGCUUUAAGCCUAAGCCCAUCCAGCAACCAAUGGGACAACUACCCUCCACUCGAGUACGCCCCGCCCGGCCGUUCUUAAUAACCGGUAUCGACUAUUGCGGGCCAUUUUAUCUGAAACCAUACCAUCGGCGAGCUUCCCCGCUAAAGGCAUAUAUUGCUGUUUUCAUUUGCUUUACAACAAAAGCAAUACAUUUGGAGCUGGUGAUGGAUCUUUCAACGGCCGGCUUCAUUUCGGCGCUUCGCAGAUUCAUCGGGCAUCAUGGAAGGCCACAUGAAAUACACUCGGAUAACGCCACGAAUUUCCAAGGAGCAAAGCAUGAGUUGUAUGACCUCCAUAAAAAUUUAAGCAGCAAACAGGGUCAAACAUCAAUCGGAACCGAACUGUCACAGCAGGGGAUUUCAUGGCACUUCAUCCCACCCAGAGCUCCCAAUUUCGGAGGUUUGUGGGAAGCCGCCGUUCGCUCUGCCAAAACAGCCCUCAAAAAGGAGAUCGGAUCAAGCCAGUUAACGCAUGAGAACUUCUGUACUUUGUUAGUACAAAUCGCAGCUGCCCUCAACUCAAGACCGCUUACCCCAUUGUCAGAUGACCCCGCCGAUACAAAUGCCCUCACACCAGCCCAUUUUUUGAUCGGAACGUCUAUGAAUGCCCUCCCUGAUACCGAUCUGACAGCCAUACCCUCAAACCGCCUCACCCACUAUCAGCAACGGCAGCAGAUGUUUCAACGGUACUGGCAACGCUGGAGUCGAGAGUAUCUCACCGGUCUUCAACAGAUGAGCAAGCAUCUUCGUCCAAGUCCAAUCCGCGUUGGGACGCUUGUGGUACUUCGGGAAGACAACAUACCACCUCUUCAAUGGUCAUUGGCGAGGAUUAUCGAGGUCCACCCUGGCGACGACGGUGUCGUACGCGUAGUCACGGUCAGAACGACUAGAGGGAUCUACAGGCGGCCAGUAAAUAGAAUUUGUCCGCUACCAGAUGAAUCUAUGAAUAGCAAUGAAGAUAGUUAG